CUAAUUCUCUCUUUGUUUCGCCUGCCUUUCUUCUUUUCAUCUAACUCUUGUGCUCUCUUUACGUAUCCCUACAGCGGAAAGAAAGGGGGGGGUGGUGGUGCUGCUAGCUCCACAUCUCGUCCACCGCUCUCCCAGGAACGGUCCGGAACCAUCUGCAGCGCCUACAACAUCCGCUGUGGGGGUUCUCGCUCCGCCCCCCCCCCACUCCUGUUCCCCCGCCCCCCGUAGCAGCAUCAAGAUGGCUCAGGAGACAAACCAGACCCCAGGGCCCAUGCUGUGUAGUACAGGAUGCGGAUUUUAUGGAAAUCCUAGGACAAGUGGCAUGUGUUCUGUUUGCUACAAAGAAUAUCUUCAACGUCAGCAGAAUAGCGGUAUAAUCAGCCCAACGGGUAAAGGUACAGCUAGUGGUUCAAACACUCCUACCUCAGACUCUGCAUCUGUACAACGAGCAGAUGCAAGCUUAAACAACUGUGAAGGAGCUGCCAGUAGCACAUCUGAAAAAUCAAGAAAUGUGCCUGUUGCCGCUUUGCCUGUAAUGCAGCAAAUGACAGAAAUGAGCAUUUCGAGAGAGGAAAAAGUAACACCGAAAACAGAGACUGAGCCAGUUGUUACUCAACCAAGUCCAUCGGUUUCCCAGCGUAGUAAUUCACAGAGUGAAGAGAGAGCUUCUGAACUUCCCAAACUAAAGAAGAACAGAUGUUUCAUGUGCAGAAAGAAGGUUGGCCUUACAGGAUUUGACUGCCGAUGUGGAAACUUAUUUUGUGGACUUCACCGUUAUUCUGACAAGCAUAACUGCCCAUAUGAUUACAAAGCAGAAGCUGCAGCAAAAAUCAGGAAAGAGAACCCAGUUGUGGUGGCUGAAAAAAUCCAGAGAAUAUAAACUAACCUAUUUAUGAAAAGACUGUUUAAUUUUAAUAUACCCUAGGAAAACAUUAAAGAGCAGAUGCAUGGCCAUUUUCCUUUGUUCUACCAACUCUUACUUUUAGUCUUGUCUGUCUUAAUAAUAUUUCAGAAUGUUUAGGUGUUUGUUACAGGGAGAAUUGGAUAGAUAAAGCCCUUGAAAAUAUUUAUGCCCUCCUCAGAGUAUAAUUGGAUGAUCAGAAUCGGCACAGAAAUAGACAUGCACAGAGAAUAAGUGCCAAACAGAUGUCUACUAUGUGCAUGCUUGCAGCAGAUCUGCCUUUUAAGAUGUUUGAGGUGUAUAGCACUAGCCAAAGGUUAUGUGCCUGUUUGAGAGAAGGGUUAGAAAGGUUGGCGGUCUACUUCUAUCAUUGAAGAUCAUAGAAACACAAGGUUGGAAAGGACCUACAAGAUCAUCUAGUCCAACCAUCCUCCUAUCACCAAUACUAUCCACUAAGCUACUAAAUCAUAUCUCGUAGCACCUCAUCCAGGUGCUUCUUGAACACCGUGAGGGACAGUGACUCCACCACCUCCCUGGGCAGGCUGUUCCAGUGCCUGACCACUCUGAGAGAAAAA